UUUUUUUAAAAAGUCAAUUUCCCUUUCAUCUUUUUUUUUUUUUUAAAAAAAAAAGCACUUUAUUCAAAAAGAUAGCAAGCCUCAAGUAUUUUCUUGACUGUCUAGAAGGACGUUCUUCCUUUAGUGUUAUUUACAUCUUGGUCGUUUGAUAAAUGUUUAACUUUGGCAAACAUUUGCGGAUUCCUUCCCUAUACAGGAAUGCUCCUUCAGAGCAGACAGUUCAAUUUGACGAAAACGAACACGUUUCUCGAUUGCGCACGCUUUUGCAUGGGUUCGAUUUGAUGUUAAAUGACGACGUGUCUGGAACUGAAAAUACAUUUAAGGAUGAUUCAGUCGAAAGCUCAAUUGGCAAAGCCGGUAACGCUUUCUAUCAAGCCAUUUUGGGGCUCGAACCAAAGGCUAUCGAAGAAGCAUUAACCAAUAUAACAGCGGCAGAACAACAAGCAGAAGGACGUCGUAAAUUUAUGGAGUAUGGUAACUUCAAAGUAGGAAACUACCCGAGUGGGUAUGAGUAUCUAAUUUGUAUCUGCGAUCUUUCUCUUAUGCAAUCCAUUUUGGGCUUUGUUGUAGGAUCUUUUGUUGAUAAUGUCAAAUCUGCAUAUCGUCUUCGUAAGACAUUUAUUUCGUUUACGAAAAUGAUGGAGCAUGUUCGGGAGAUCCAGCAAAAGAAAAAAAAUGGUGAAAUCCAAUCCUCAGAUCCAAAUGCUCAGUUCAUAGACGAGUUUAUUGAAUCUAGUGUAAUUACUGGAUAUGGAGUAUUAACGUUUUUGAUUUCGCUGUUGUCUCCUUCCAUAAUGAGAAUCCUCUCUUUUUUUUCCUUUCAUGGUGCUCGGAAGGAAGCCGUGCAAUUACUAUGGACAGCCACAGACUAUUCCAAUAUCCAAGGAGCCGUCGCUCUGCUAUGUCUUUAUGCUUUCAACGCCAUGGUCCAGAGUUCUGCAAGUAUUCUACCAUUAAAUUACUCUGACGAAUUGUUUCGUUGUCAACAAGCAAUAGAUAGCAUACGGCAAAGAUACUCCAAGGGAGCGAUUUGGGCUGUUAUGCAAGGAAAACUAUAUUUUUUAAGAGGUAAUACUGAAAAAGCAUUGGAGAUGGAAGAGAUGCAUAUCGAUAAUAGCAUGGAGCAGAUCAUUGCCAUGAAAGGUUUUGAUGCUGCCAUGCUUUUUGUAGGUAUCCGAAGAUUUAAGGAUGCUACUCAAGCAAUUUUAAAUUUGGAAGACCUGAAUUCUUGGUCUCACGCGUUUUACAGAUUUUUUGCCGGCUGUUGUAUGUUGCAGCACUCAAAGGAAUUGAAGAAAAGUAACGGUAAUAAGGAAGAGAUGGAAUCGUAUUCGGCAAAAGCCGUUGAGUAUUUGAAGCAAGCACCGACACUUGUUCAAAAGAAAAAGAAAAGGAUUCUCCCUGUAGAGAUGUACCUAAUACGAAAAGUGCAAAAGUGGGAAAAUAGGGCUGCUAGACUAAAGGUUAGUUUAGCUGAUGCAAUGGAUAUUCCUCCCUAUAUGGAGUUAAUUUAUAUUUUCGUCACUUGGUGUUUGAAUGAUCCACAACUUUUACGCAUACUUCGAUCCGAACUUGAGCAAUGUUACUGUACUGAAGAAGAUGAAGCUGGUCUUCGAGAGUUCUUGUUAGCAGUCAUUGAAAGGCACUUAAAGGAGUAUGAGUCGUCUAGGACUCGGCUAAAUCGCGUUAUGAAUAUGGAUAGAGAGUACCUUUCACAAGCUAAUCGGGAUUUCUGGAUUCUUCCUAGUGCUCAUUACGAAAUGGCCGCAUUAGAAUGGGAUAUGCAUGCUUUAAAAGCUGAACGAGAGAUUAACCAACUCUUGAAAAAAGCACAGGAAUACCACAAUUAUGAUUUGGAAGGAAGAUUAUCCAUGCUAUCCCAAGCUGCUUUCCAGACAAUACAAUCUGAAAAGCAGUAAAAAGAAAUGGAAAUUGUUAGUGCGAUGUAGGGUACAUCAGUUCAGCCUUCUAUUUAAAGCAUCUGAUUACUUUAUGUCAUCUGAUUUUAUUUCAAAAAAGGCAAUUUUGAUUUUUUUGAUUUAUUUAAUAAAGUUAGUCUUUCUAUUGAUUUUUUGAUGUUUUAAUUAAUUAUUUAUUGUUAUGUAUCGUCUACAUUAGCUAGCCUUUGGCUUACAACGCGAUAAAUGAUCGUCGUGAUCCACUGAUUCUUAAUUAAACAAAAAAUUGAUCCUAAUACUAAUUUCUUUGAAGCUGUAAACGGAUUACUCUAAAUGUGAGAGGGCCGCAAAAGAAGUAAACAAACUGUGAUCAUUCAUAACUUAUGGGAAUAUCGUAUUGAGAAAGGGAUUAUAAAUAGUAUAGUACGUUAUGUUUCGUUAUUUCAGGAUCAAUUUACAAAGUAGGGUAGGGCGUGAUUUGUUGUUGUGACUGGUUUUUCGUUUGCACAAAUUUGGAACCUGGGUUUCGCAGGUUUCAUCCUCCAC